AUGCCUGCAGCAUUUCAGCACGGCCGUAGAUAUUGGAAAGUCCUGUCGUUAGCUCACCUAUCCUCGGCAGUAUUGGUCACCUUGAUAGUGGCAUUUGAUCUAUUUGGGCCAUCAGGAAGAUAUUGGCAUCAUACAGCGAGCUGCGGCACAACCGGCUAUGCAGCCUCUACACCCGCGCUUCCGAAAGAGUAUGUCGAAGAUGAAGAGCGAUACCUGCCAAGUCGUCAUCCGACAAAUCUUGCAACACAUAUGGUCAAGUUUGACAGCAAGACUGAGUGGGAAGCCUGGGACUCGGCGACAACUGAUACCUGGCGAUCAAUGCUCCCGUCUUAUCCGUUGGGACAAGAUGACGAUUUCAAUGAUGGCAUUCCCUAUGGCCUAGGCAUGCUGCACCAGAUCCAUUGCCUCCUCUCAAUCCGAGAGAGCUAUUCCAGCUUCCUUUACACAAACGACACGACAGAUCUAGGUGGUGAUGCAGCAAAGGAUCUGGCACAUAUCAGCCAUUGCUUCAAUUGGAUAAGACAGGUAGGAGGAAGCCAACCUUUCGCGCUACGCAGCUGA